AAGGACCAACCUCGACUUCUUCAACAUUCUCAGACACUACUACAAAAAAAAUGACCACAAAACCACAAACUACGUCCAAAAAACCAGUUAUGACAACAACCAAACCCAUAACCACAAAAAUAUCAACUACAACAACUAAAAAACCUACGACUUCUACUAAGCUUUCGACAACCAAAAAGACAACCACGAUAUCUUCCAGAAAACCAGUUUUUUCAACAAGCACACCAAGAACCACAAAAAUAUCAACUAUUACAACUAAAAAACCAACAACUUCUACUAAGGUUUCGACAACCAAAAAGACAACCACGAUAUCUUCCAGAAAACCAGUUUUUUCAACAAGCACACCAAGAACCACAAAAAUAUCAACUAUUACAACUAAAAAACCUACAACUUCUACUAAGGUUUCGACAACCAAAAAGACAACCACGAUAUCUUCCAGAAAACCAGUUUUUACAACAAGCACACCAAGAACCACAAAAAUAUCAACUAUUACAACUAAAAAACCAACAACUUCUACUAAGGUUUCGACAACCAAAAAGACAACCACCAUAUCUUCCAGAAAACCAGUUUUUUCAACAAGCACACCAAGAACCACAAAAAUAUCAACUAUUACAACUAAAAAACCUACAACUUCUACUAAGGUUUCGACAACCAAAAAGACAACCACGAUAUCUUCCAGAAAACCAGUUUUUUCAACAAGCACACCAAGAACAACAAAAAUAUCAACUAUUACAACUAAAAAACCUACAACUUCUACUAAGGUUUCGACAACCAAAAAGACAACCACGAUGUCUUCCAGAAAACCAGUUUUUUCAACAAGCACACCAAGAACCACAAAAAUAUCAACUAUUACAACUAAAAAACCAACAACUUCUACUAAGGUUUCGACAACCAAAAAGACAACCACGAUGUCUUCCAGAAAACCAGUUUUUACAACAAGCACACCAAGAACAACAAAAAUAUCAACUAUUACAACUAAAAAACCUACAACUUCUACAAAGGUUUCGACAACCAAAAAGGCAACCACGAUAUCUUCCAGAAAACCAGUUUUUUCAACAAGCACACCAAGAACCACAAAAAUAUCAACUAUUACAACUAAAAAACCUACAACUUCUACUAAGAUUUCGACAACCAAAAAGACAACCACGAUAUCUUCCAGAAAACCAGUUUUUACAACAAGCACACCAAGAACCCCAAAAAUAUCAACUAUUACAACUAAAAAACCAACAACUUCUACUAAGGUUUCGACAACCAAAAAGAUAACCACGAUAUCUUCCAGAAAACCAGUUUCUACAACAAGCAAACCAAUAUCCACAAAAAUAUCAACUGUAUCAACUAAAAAACCUACAAUUUCUGCUAAGAUUUCGACAACCAAAAAGACAACCACGAUAUCUUCCAGAAAACCAGUUUUUUCAACAAGCACACCAAGAACCACAAAAAUAUCAACUAUUACAACUAAAAAACCUACAACUUCUACUAAGAUUUCGACAACCAAAAAGACAACCACGAUAUCUUCCAGAAAACCAGUUUUUACAACAAGCACACCAAGAACCACAAAAAUAUCAACUAUUACAACUAAAAAACCAACAACUUCUACUAAGGUUUCGACAACCAAAAAGAUAACCACGAUAUCUUCCAGAAAACCAGUUUCUACAACAAGCAAACCAAUAUCCACAAAAAAACCAACUGUAUCAACUAAAAAACCUCCAAUUUCUGCUAAGAUUUCGACAACCAAAAAGACAACCACGAUAUCUUCCAGAAAACCAGUUUUUUCAACAAGCACACCAAGAACAACAAAAAUAUCAACUAUUACAACUAAAAAACCUAUAACUUCUACUAAGGUUUUGACAACCAAAAAGACAACCACGAUAUCUUCCAGAAAACCAGUUUUUACAACAAGCAAACCAAAAACCACAAAAAUAUCAACUAUUUCAGUUAAAAAACCUACGACUCCCACUAAGGUUUCGUCAACCAAAAAGGCAACCACGAUAUCUUCCAAAAAACCAGGUUUUACAACAAGCAAACCAAAAACCACAAAAAUAUCAACUAUUUCAGUUAAAAAACCUACGACUCCUACUAAAGUUUUGUCAACCAAAAAGGCAACCACAAUAUCUUCCAAAAAACCAGGUUUUACAACAAGUAAACCAAAAACCACAAAAAUAUCAACUAUUUUAGUUAAAAAACCUACGACUCCUACUAAGGUUUCGUCAACCAAAAAGGCAACCACGAUAUCUUCCAAAAAAACAGGUUUUACAACAAGCAAACCAAAAACCACAAAAAUAUCAACUAUUUUAGUUAAAAAACCUACAACUCCUACUAAGGUUUCGUCAACCAAAAAGGCAACCACGAUAUCUUCCAAAAAACCAGGUUUUACAACAAGCAAACCAAAAUCCACAAAAAUAUCAACUAUUUUAGUUAAAAAACCUACGACUCCUACUAAGGUUUCGUCAACCAAAAAGGCAACCACAAUAUCUUCCAAAAAACCAGGUUUUACAACAAGCAAACCAAAAACCACAAAAAUAUCAACUAUUUCAGUUAAAAAACCGACGACUGCUACUAAGGUUUCGUCAACCAAAAAGGCAACCACGAUAUCUUCCAAAAAAACAGGUUUUACAACAAGCAAACCAAAAACUACAAAAUCAUCCACUAUUUUAGCUAAGCAACCUACGACUUCUAAGGUUUUGUCAACCAAAAAGACAAACACAAUAACUUCCAAAAAAUCAGGAGUCACAAGAAUCACACCGAAAACAACAAAAAAAUCAACUAUUUCAACUAAACAACCUACCAUUUCUUCUACCUUUUUUUCAGUGAAAAUGAAAACUACGAUGUUUCCUAAACUGACAUUAACAAAUACUGUAGAAAAGAAAACAAACAAAAAUAAGCCAACAAUUGGCCAACUUAUUUUCCAACACCAGGAAAAUGAUUUACGAAAAGACGACCAACCAAAUCUUAAUGAAAAAAUAAUUAUACGGCCUCUCCUCCAACCACAGAAACAACCAGUUAAUUUUGAAAAGCAAGCUGAGAUAAAAUUGGUACAAAGGCAAAAUCAACAUAUACAAAAAGAAAUCAUAGAACUACCAAUUCUUUAUAAACUGUACCAACAGUAUAUUUUAAAGCAAAAAGCUUCGAAAAAAUAGGAGGUGAAAAUCACAAACGAGUUACUGUAAGGGUUCAUAAAGGACCAAUAACUAUCCCUGAGGUAUAUUUAUAUUCGAAGGUCCUUAACAAUAUUAGGGUGUGGGGUAUAGGGGGUACGGUAGUAGUAGAUAAUAGUGGAAUUCAGAGGGUUUAAUGUCCAUUAUGUUUUUCCUUAUACGUUUCUUCCCUGA